UAAAAUACCCUAUCAUUACAUGGGCGGAAAACUAUUUAUCUCCAAUAACCUUCCACAAUUUAUUUUAAUCCCACUUUAGAAAAAAAAAAGUUAUGGUAACAAAAUGAAGUGAUGAUUGAUGAUACCCUGCAAUGUCCAACACCAACAAACAACAACAAUUCCUUUCUCUCUCUCACUCUUUUUUUGUUUUUUUUUUUUUUUUUUUUUUAAUUUUUUAAUCUCUCUUUCUCAUACAAUUACUCCUUCCUUUUCCCUCUUUUUUCUAUUUCUCUCUCCUCUUUCUUCCCCUGCAAUUUUACUGAUACAUAACUACCCCAUGAAAGUCACAUCCAAUUAGAAUUUUCAGACCAAAAAUUCUCCCCCAAAAAAAAAAAAAAGAGUGAAAGAAUUUAAUUUAAAGAAUAAAAAUGGAGAAGAAGAAGAAGUGUGGUUGCUGGGCAGUUUUGCGCAGGAAUGUUUCAAGUUCUUGCAAACCUUCUCCUAAUUCCAAAAAUUCUGCUAAUUCCAUCCCUCGUUCUAGCCUUGUUUAUGAUGCAGCUGCUGAAACCAGGUAUUUGAAUGCUAGUAAUAGGGAAAUGUGUGUACCAAAUGAUGAUGUUCAACUUCCUAUUGAGCCUCCUGAUCCACCACCUUCAGAAACCAAACCCCCUCCUCAACUCCUGCAGUUUACAUUUCAGGAAUUAAAAUCCGCCACCGGGAACUUUAGGCCUGAUAGCAUACUCGGGGAGGGUGGUUUCGGGUUUGUAUUUAAGGGGUGGAUAGAAGAGAACAGUACAUCACCUGCUAAACCGGGGACCGGAAUUACUGUUGCUGUCAAAAGUCUGAAGCCUGAUGGUUUACAAGGACAUAGAGAAUGGGUGGCUGAAGUUGACUUUCUUGGGCAACUCCAUCAUCCGAAUCUUGUUAAGCUUAUUGGGUAUUGUAGUGAGGAUGAUCAGAGACUUCUUGUGUACGAGUUUAUGACUCGUGGAAGUCUCGAAAACCAUCUCUUUCGAAGAACUAUGCCUCUGUCGUGGCCCUGCCGAAUGAAGAUUGCCCUUGGAGCGGCUAAAGGAUUGGCGUUUCUUCAUGGGAACGGGGAGCCUGUCAUUUAUAGAGAUUUUAAGACCUCGAAUAUUUUGCUUGAUACGGAGUUCAAUGCAAAGCUUUCAGAUUUUGGUCUUGCUAAAGCUGGGCCCCAGGGGGAUAACACCCAUGUUUCUACAAGAGUGGUAGGAACUUAUGGUUAUGCUGCACCAGAAUACGUGAUGACAGGGCACUUGACAUCUAAGAGUGACGUUUACAGCUUUGGUGUAGUGCUACUUGAGAUCCUAACUGGGAGGAGAUCAAUGGACAAGAAACGCCCUAGUGGUGAGCAGAAUCUUGUGACUUGGGCUCGACCAUAUUUAACUGACAAGAGGAAGCUAUAUCAAAUUGUUGAUCCUCGUUUAGAACUGAACUAUUCUCUUAAAGGUGUGCAAAAGGUCUCUCAGUUGUCUUAUAGCUGCCUUAACCGAGACCCUAAAUCCCGCCCUUCAAUGGAUGAAAUUGUCAAGGUCCUCAUCCCGUUGCUUGACCUCAACGACAUGGCCAUAAUAUCAUAUCAAUCACGAUUAUCUCAACCAGGAAGACGAAGGAAGAAAUCUGAUGGACAUGUCCUUAAUAUGUCCUCCCACCCCCUUCAGAUUAGAAAUAUUAGGGACUCUCCCUUGAAUUCUGGUAAGCACCGCCCUUGCUAAUUCAUUUGAAUUUGAUCAAAUAUUUUUUCUUCGAGUUGUUCCAUCAGCUCGAAUAAUUGUGUUAUUGGGAGAUUCUCCAAAAGCUUGAGAUUGUUGUAAUCGGAGGAAUCACAAUGGAGUUGAUCACGUCUAAUGAUGGCUUCAUAGAUCCUCACCUUUCCCCCGCCCCGCCCCCCCCCCCCCCCCCCCCCCCCAAAAAAAAAAUAAAUUUUUUUUAGCUUGCAUUAUAGUUAUUGAAAUACAUAAAUGUAAUUGUAGCAUCUUUUAAUUGCGA